AUGGGUGAAAAAUUCACAAAUGCACGGCUCGAAAAUCUCCUAGGAGCACUAGAAAAAUAUAUCAAUCAGAGAAAUCUGAAGUCACGUGAUCAUCUACGGUCCAAUGAAGUUAAUCAUGGUUUUUCAAAAAAGAGUGAAGUUUGUUCUGAUGAUGAAGAGGAUGCUGAGAGACAGACAGUGCGAAUAGAUGAUAAAGACGGAAAGCCAACAGAUCUAUGCAUUGAUAAACACCAGCAGGAUGAUGACAAUAAUGACAGACCACCGCCACAAAUUGGGAUUAAAUCGGUGAAAGGAACAAGGAAAAGAAACUUUGGAAUCUCCACUUCCAAUCUUUGGACUAAUGGCAUAAUUCCGUAUGAAAUCGACUCGAACUCAUUUGGUUCCAGCUUAUCUUUAGCUUCCGAUCUUAUUCAAAACACUGCAAACAAUAUUUCCCAAACCACGUGUGUAAAAUGGAGGCUCAAAACAGCAGACGAUCAGUACUAUGUCAAAUUUCAGGGAAGUACAGCCGGAUGUUGGUCCUAUGUUGGGAACAUCAAACAGACAGGAGGACAACCAGUUAACCUGGGUUCAGGUUGCCUAGAUAUCACCAAUAUUUUUUAUCCAAAUCUACGGGAAAUGAAAACUGUAAUUGUGAAUUUGUGA